AUGCAGAAAUACCUCAGGCUGACGAAACAUCUGACUCGGGAGUUCGAUAAGGUAGAAUUCGCACAGAUCCCUAGAAGCCAGAAUAUGAUGGCAGACGAAGUCUCGAAGCUAGCAUCAUCAAAAGAAGGGGGGAUCAGCAUGGACUUGGAAAUGGAAGUCCAGAAAAACCCCAGCAUUGAAGAAGUGCCAACAUUCACAAUCCAGAACAUAAACAACUGGAUGACACCAAUCGUUUCUUUCCUCCAAGAUAGGCAUCUCCCUCAGAACAAAGAAGAGGCCAAGAAGAUCAAGAAGAGGGCGGCCAGAUUUAUGAUCCUCAAUGACACUUUAUACAAAAGAGGCUUCUCCAUGCCUUACUUGAAGUGUGUCGACGAAGAAGAAGUAAAGUACAUACUGAAAGAAAUCUACGAAGGGAUUUGCGGGGACCAUGCCGGCCCUAGGUCCCUAGUGAACAAGGUCAUUCGAACAGGUUAUUUCUGGCCUACUAUGCAGGUGGAUGCAGUGGAGCUCGUAAAGAAGUGUGACAAGUGCCAACGAUACGGGAAUGUCCAGCGGCUUCCAGUAGAGAAACUGACGACGAUAGUCUCUCUGUGGCCAUUUGUGCAAUGGGGAAUCGACAUCGUCAGUCCACUGCCCUAA